UACUCCGGACGAGCCUUUUUUUCCAUAGGUGGAGCUUUGUACCAGCCGGUGACGAUGGUGACGUCGCAGGGCCAGGUCCUUGCCCAAGCCAUCGCCCCCGGUGCCCUGCAGAUCCCCAACGCCCAGGUGAACCUGGAUCUCACCUCCCUCCUCGACGGUGAGGACAAGAAGUCCAAGAACAAGCGGGGCGUCCUGCCGAAACAUGCCACCAACAUCAUGCGCUCAUGGCUCUUCCAGCAUCUCAUGCACCCCUACCCCACAGAGGAUGAGAAGAGGCAAAUCGCCGCCCAAACCAACCUGACCCUCUUGCAAGUCAACAACUGGUUCAUAAACGCCCGGCGACGCAUCUUGCAGCCGAUGCUCGACGCCAGCAACCCGGACCCAGCCCCCAAAGCCAAGAAAAUCAAAUCUCAGCACCGGCCCACCCAGCGAUUCUGGCCCAACUCCAUCGCCGCUGGCGUCCUGCAGCAGCAGGGUGGCAAUUCGGGGACAAAUCCUGAUGGCUCGCUCAGCAUGGACAACCUGCAGACCCUCUCGUCAGCCACAGCCACCAUGGCCAUGCAGCAGGCCAUGCUGGCGGCCCACGACGACUCCCUCGACGGCACUGACGAAGAGGAGGAGGACGAGGAGGACGAGGACGAGAUGGAGGAGGAGGAGGAAGAGGAGGAAGAGCUGGAGGAAGAGCCUGGUGGCCUCCCGGCAGCAGCCGGCACCGACCUUGGCUUGGACCACAGUGACUCACUGGAAUAGCUCCUCCUGCGCACUCUCCAAAUCAGUGACAGCACCGGAAAUAAAAUUCCCCCCAAAUGCCAAAAAAAUCCGGCACGAACAAAAACAAAAUAGGUGAGAAAAAAGCAAA